UUUACCUUUACCUUUACCUCUACUCAACCUCCCACCAACAACAAACAUUUCGUCCCUCAACACAUCAACACAUCAUCCUCACAACAUUACCACAACACCCGCAUCUACGCAACUUGCGUACAAACAUCAUCUACUCGAUCACAUUACAAGCAACCAGCAGCAGCUAUGGUUAGCACUCGCCGCAAGGCCAAUCUCAACUCUGUUGAGCCCGAGGCAGAUCAACCUCCGCCAACUCCCAAACCGCGUCGCCCAACCAGGGCCAGAGCGACAGCUGCGCAAGCCGCGACUGCAUCAGGGCCUUCGACUGCGCCUGCGCCAGCGCCAGCGCCUGCACGACAGAGCAAGCGUCUGCGAGGAGAUGACUCUGCUUCACCCCUGCAGUCACUGCAAUCCGAGAAGAAGCCAAAGAAGCGGGCUGCUGCAUCCACCAGCGCUACGCCUCUUCAUAAAGCAUCUAAGAAUGCCAACCGCCAGGUAGAGCAAGAUGAGAUUGAAGAAUCCGUUUUCUUCAAGAUUGAAAACCAACAGUUGAGAGAGCUAGUCGGAGAGCUCAACAUAAUAAUCGGUCUUCAGAAAGAUGAAAUUGACUUUCUCCAUGCAGACCGCCGACGCUUCGACUACGAAAUCGAAUCCCUUCGCAGUGAGAACGCGCGAUUCCGCAAAGAAAGAGAACCCUUGAGCUCCGGUGACGAACUACUCCGGCGCAUUGAGAACCGCAAAUACCAAAAUGACAUGGGCGUUCAGACUGAUGUAUCAGAAACUAUGGACAUCGAUGGGCCUCAUGUCAUCACAGAGCCCACUACUCCAGCACAGGCCUCCCAAUCACCCAUACAAUCACUACUAUCACCUGCUCCUCUCGAGACUACUGGCUGGGGCUUGAGGUCAUUAUUUGGCAGGGUUGCGUCCGUUUUUCGUUCGCCUGCGCCCGCGCCCGCUAUCAUCGUUCCCCCAGCGACAGCACCUCCAAAACCUCUCAGCUCCGAGGAAGUGAAGGAACUCACUGACAGUCUUGGCGUUAACGACACGCCCACGCGCGCACCCGCAAAACGCGCCGCCCGUCCCAAACGCACCACCCAGCGUGACGGCACUGCCAGCACUGCUCCCGGGGCCCAAGCGGACAACAACACUGCUGCCGAGACCCCGCGCAAUCAACGAACCAUGAAACCCAAGGCGCAGACCGUUCAUAAAUCCGUUCCAGACCGCAAGUCCAUCAUCUCUCGCGUCACUCAAGGCAUCCAAGAUGACAUGGAGAAGAACGCGGCCAUGGAUUGGGCCAAAACCCAUGCAGCCAUGCUAGCAAAGGAUGUCGCGAACCUCGGCGACAAGCGCAAGCGACUUGAUGAGCAAUGGAAAGUGGAAGAUCUCGCAGAGAUUCCUGCUUGCAAGCCAUGGCAGACUGGAUCUUUUGGGCUUCUUGACGAGUUUUGGGACGACUCUGACGAAGAGCAUGAUGUUCCCGAGUGGGCCAAGCUGGCUGAGCUCACCAAAGAGCAACCACCUAAGAAGAAGCGCAAGACUACGUCUUCCUCACCUAUUAUCAUGGAUACCCAAGGCCAUUCGUCUUCCUUGAGCGACCUCCAUCCUCGCCCCUCCACUACUCCUUCCCCCAUGUUCGAGAACCCAACCUCGCACUCCUCCAACGCCAAUGUCUUCGAUGAGCACAAGGUCCCCGAGAAGGAAGAUGAUAACAAGCGCUUCUCGCAUUUCUUUGAAGGAACAUCUUUCAAGCCCAAGGAAUUGCCUCCAAGCAUCAGCUUCGACACCCCCAAGAAGCCUGCAGCAGCACAAGAGACUGAGGAGCACGCCUGGACUCAACCACCUCCCCCACCUCCUGCUCCCGCACAUGCCUCGCUCCCUGUACCGCUUACCAGCGCUCCUUCUGUUCCUGCAAUGCCAGCCACGCAAUCAGGCAUCUUCGCUUCCACUGAGUCUAUUGAGGACCUUCACGACCCAGUAAAGACUCAGCGCCUCCAGGCUUUGAAGCACACCCCAGCAAAAGCUUCACGUCUCCGCGAGAUGAUGAUCCCAUCUCCGAGCCUCAAGUCUGAUGGUGGAUCCCCUCUCGGACCCCUCAGCUCCCCCACCCCUAACGGCUUUUCCGCUGUACCUGUCACAACCUCUACUACUACUUACGACAUCCCCGACGCCAUUCCCCUCGAUUUGGGCUCUCCCGAACUUCUUGAAGAGGCGCAGCGAUUGUUCGACUCCGAGGAGUAUAAAGCUGCCACGGCCAAUGCCUACGGCGGCGCUGAAGUCUACUUGACCUAUGAGUCAGAUGAAGAGGCACCCAGCAGCUCCGAUCUCGAUUUCGAUGAGGAGUUGUAA